GCACAACAGUGAGUGUGAAGCGCGCACGUCGCGCGUGCGCGCGCUAUAUAAAGCGAGCGAGCGGGCGCUGAGCGUUCAGUGCGGCGAGCAGCAGGAAGAGGCAAGCCCGUCAGACAGCGUGUGCGGCACCCGCACGCCCAUUCACGCACAAGGUCAAAGUUGAGCGCAGCGUGGGCAAUGGACGACUGGGCCGUUCCGUGGUGGAUGUUGGCCGCGUGGGCGAGCAUGCUGACGCCGCUGCUGGUGGGCUUCCUCCGCUCCCGCAACAGAAAGAAGGACAAACUGCUGCCUGCUUGCGGGAAAGCGGUGGUCAUCACAGGCUGCGACUCCGGCUUCGGGAAGGCGACGGCUCGCCAUCUGGACUCGGCGGGCUUCCGGGUGUUUGCGACGGUGCUGGAUGCGAGCGGCGAGGGCGCCGGCGAGCUGCGGCGGACGUGCUCGGAGCGACUCACGCUGCUGCAGCUGGACAUCACGCAGCCGCAGCAGGUGCAGCGGGCGCUCGUCGAGGUUCAGGCGCAGCUGGGACCCGAAGGACUGUGGGCCCUUGUGAACAACGCGGGCGUGUGCGUGAACUUCGGCGACAUCGAGCUGUCUCCGAUGUCCAACUUCCGCGGCUGCAUGGAGGUCAACUUCUUCGGAACGCUCAACGUCACCAAAAGCUUCCUGCCGCUGCUACGACGGGACAAAGGGCGACUGGUCACCGUCUCCAGUCCGGCCGGCGACCAUCCGUUUCCGUGCUUGGCUGCGUACGGAGCGUCCAAAGCCGCGCUCAACCUUUUCAUGGACACGCUGAGACACGAGCUGACGCCCUGGGGAGUCCACGUCUGCACCAUCCUGCCUUCGUCCUACAAGACGGGUCAGUGCAGUAACACGGCGUACUGGGAGGCCCAACACCAGGAGCUCCUGGGUUCUCUUUCGCCGGCGCUUCUGGAAGACUUUGGCGAGGACUACGUGGGCGAGACCAAGGAACUGUUUCAACAAUUCGCUCGCCACGCCAACCCGGACCUCAGUCCCGUGGUGGACGCCAUGGAGCGGGCGCUGCGGGAACCGCGGCCGCGGGUGCGCUACUUCGCCGGGCCCGGCGUGGGUUUCAUGUACCUGGUCGCCAGCUACUUUCCCACCGCCCUCAGUAACAGAUUCCUGCAGAGUAUUUUCGUCAAGAAGAGGUUGGCGCCCCGGGCGCUCAGGAAGGAGGCAGCCGCCGCCAGCCUCGGGAAGGAGACCGCCGCCCACCGACGCCACGACAGCAAUAACAACGACGACGAGACGGACAAAGUCAAGUAGCCGCUGGACUUUGUGACGGUAGCGCCAAUAGAUGAGGCGCUUUAAGACCUAGACUUUCUUGGCGUGCGCUGACAUAGACGGCUGGGGGGACGGAUGCCGGGCGGGCGGUAGGUUGCCCGGGGUGACGGGGUGCCAACGCAGAAACAAACGAACAAAAACGCUCAGCAACUAUUUGAAAACCAUUUCGACGUUUAGUCCGUAACCUUGACAUCCAUCUUAAGGUCCGUGAACUAGUGCAUUCUUUGUCCUCACUAAUAAGACAAUGAAGUGCACUAGUACAACCUUAGGACGCAGUAGUCAAACCACUGUCUCUUACAGUACUAGUAACAUUAUCCCACUCGUGGUGCCACUUUUGGCCUACUAGUACACAGUAAACCUUACUAGUAAACUACUGUACACCACAAGUAGCACAACUAGGCCCAACUAUUAGGCAUGUGUCAACACUAGUAGCCUUCUGGACACUACUAGUAGCACCAAAAUGCCCACUUGUAAUUUUGCCUCAAUAGUAACGUCUUUUUCUUACGAGUAUGCCAAAAUUGCUCUACUAGUGUCCAGAAAUGUCAUACACUAGUAGAAAUGUUUUUUGUUUUUUUUUGUAUUAGUGCACGUUGCAGUGUUUUCCGAUGGCACCAACAUUAUGUUAAAAGGGUCGACAAUAUGUGACAUUUUGUAUGGGCUGUUGAUUUGUGGAAUAUUAUAUGCCCAAAUAAACUAGUGUCUUACUAUGGAGGACAAAGAGUGUACUAGUAGAUGGGACCCUGAGAUGGAUAUGGAUAUGCUCAAGCAGGUUUCUAGAGAUCAUUUAUUGCCGCUAAAAACUUCUUGUUUGUCAAUAUCUGGUUCUAGAAGUUGGACAUGGACUAAUUCUGGUUCUUCAAGUUGUGGUUCUAGAGGUUGUAGUUUGACGAGGUGUGGUUCUUCGGGUCAUGGUUCAAGAAGUCGUCCUGAUUUUAGUUCUGCUUCUGUAAGUUGAGGUUCUAGAAGUUUUAGUUCAAGGAGAGUUGGUUCUAGAAGUUGAGGUCUUAAGUCCUGAUGGUUGUUGAGCUGUUAUGUAAACUUCUGGUUUUAGGAGGUCCAGGGGCCUCGUGUACAAAAGGCGCGUACGCACAAAAACGUGGCGUCCGUCCGUCCUUUUUCACGGCAAAGUUCAGAUGUAUCAAGAGUGACGUGACGGUGGAAAUGCCAACUGCAUGGCUGGCGUACGCACGUUUCCGCAGCUGUCGGUGCUUUGGGAAACUGUUCUCCUCAAUCUGCACACCAGAGACACAUGAAUAAAUAGCACUGAUGAACAAUUCAUGCCCGGCAACAUUUGAUUUCAACACUGCAAUUGAGGCAAGGACUGAGAUUUCAUUUGUAUUUCAUGAAGCGCUGAUAUUUGUGAGGACACCUCUGAAUUGAUCAAGGCCAUCAUUUACGGCGCCGAUUGCUAGACGUUUCGGUUGCGGUUCUAGAAGCCGGACGGUUCAACCGACUCCGCCCGUGUGGGCGUCAGGAGUUUUUAAAAGGAGCCCCCCCCCCCCCCCCGAGACCCCGGCCCCUCAGCCUGUUUUCACGAGCGCAACAAGAAGUCACGCUGCUGCAAUAAAACGGCCAAUAUUUAUAGCAAAUUCUAUCUUCCCACUUUUAACACUCAAACUGUGAAUUUUGUAUCAAAACAAUGAGAUUUUUUUUGUUCAUUCUUUUAUUGAAUUAAAGUCUUUUUCCACA